CAGACGGAUACAUGGGAUGUGUACUUCAAGAGCACACAUUGCCCCGAAUUUCUUAACGGAAUGCGGUUCAUCGACUGGGCUGGCCACAAAAUCCUAGUGCAACAUGCAAGCCGUUCUAGGGCACCGCCUUGUUUCAAAUGUGGGGCCUCUGGCCAUACCUGA